AUGGUACAGACUGAUUCAUUUCAUGUUCAAGAUGAGCGCUUUCAUUCUAUUCUCGGUUCAAACCCAGUUCUAGAGCUUCUGGUUGAAAAAAGUUCAUAUGCCUUUGCCCACGAAGCGGGAAUUUAUAUUGCCGCCACAAAGCACCUCUUCAUUACUAGCAACAAGUGCAGCGAUUCAAAUGGCGGCCCGAAAAUUCUAAUCAGUCGCGUGGACCUGGGUGCAAACCCAACUACCUGCGAAGAGAUCUCCCCCGGUAUCCCCAUGGGAAACGGAGGGGUGAACUGGGGUGCCGAGCAUGCCUUGAUCUGCGGCCAGGGAAAUAUGGACCAGCCUAGUGGGAUCUACUCAAUGUCCACUACGGCUCCUUAUUCAUCGAAGUUGCUGAAAGGUGACUUUCUCGGCCGACCUUUCAACUCCGUCAACGAUGUAGUAGUGCAUUCGGAUGCAUCGAUCUGGUUCACCGACCCGACGUAUGGGUUUGAACAGGGGUAUCGACCAAAACCUUCGUUACCGAGCCAAGUAUACCGCUUUGAGCCAAAGAGCGGUAAUAUUCGUGCUAUAGCGGAUGGAUUCGGACAUCCGAAUGGCAUCUGUUUCUCACCGGAUGAGAAGACUGUCUACAUAACCGAUACCGACAGACAAAAUGGCAACGGGACUAUAGAUGACCGAAAGGCUUCUUCAAUCUAUGCCUUCGAUGUGUCUACAUACCACGGGGAACCGUUUCUCACGAACCGGAGGCUAUUUGCCGUCACAGAUACGGGUAUCCCGGAUGGUAUCAAGUGUGAUCUUGAUGGGAAUGUCUAUAGCGGCUGUGGAGACGGGAUUCAUGUUUGGACGCCUGGUGGUGUGCUGCUAGGACGCAUCCGAAUCGACGGCGGAGUGGCAAACUUUUGCUUUGGAAAGGAAGGCGAAAUAUUUGCGUUGAAUGAACACCGACUAUGGAGAGUUCAGCUCGGAAGCCAUGUCAAGGGUGCCUUGCUAGGAAUAUAA